AUGCCACCCCUGCGCCUCUUCCGCCUCUACUUCGGGCGAGGGAACCUGCCGGCGCAGACAGUGGCUUUCCCUCAGGAUCUGUUUUCUGACCCGCCACUAGAUCUCCGGCGGUACAACAAGAUUCGAGACGUUCUCGGAGACGACAGUCUGCCGCCUUGCACAGACGUCGCCAGAGGCAUGGGUAGGCUGCUCGCCACCCUCCACUGGCAGGUCGGUGUCAACGCUCGCGAUGCUGAACUCGUGGUUGGCAGCCUCCGUGGGCAGUCGCACUGCUAUGUUCUCGACUUUAACCAGUCACAGCGCUGGCUACCGCCUUACCCCAUGAGUCAGAUUGAUACCCUCACUCCAACUGGCCAGUACGCGAACGACGACCUCUCUACCGGCGCUCGAAGAUUAGCGACGCUCAUCGCAGGACAGGAGCUGUACUAUCCCCGCCCACACCAGGAGGAGGUUUAUGCUCCGUUCAAGGAAGGCUACCUCAACCACCUGAGCAGCAUCCUCGAAGGCGUUUGCAAAACGCAGAUGGCCAAAGAUCGGGUCUCAAAUGCCGCCGUCGUAUUCUUUCAAGAGUUCGAAGAGAUCGACGAGCGGAAGGAGAAACGCAGAGCCAGACUGAGGAAGUCUCCUUCGUCGUAG